AAAUAAACCUAAAUCUUUGGCCCAUGGCAACAGCGUCCGCCAGAGGUCCAUUCACAGUGUAUUGUGUUUGAUGCCAAAUUAUCGGUCGGAACCCAUGAUAGGUGCUAUUCAUUGUGCAGCAGCAUAUUCUUCCACCUCCUCUCGACGGUCCUUAAUAGAUUCCUACCGGACGGGCCGCAGUCUGCUAUGGAUGUCCUUUCACCACGGCCGGUAAAUUUACCAAUGCUACCACCAAAGGCCAUGAAGAAGCCCAAGCUGGAGGCGAAGAAGUCCGACGAGAAACCUACGAAUCCAGACCGAAUUGACGACAAAUGGCGACCACCCACGACGAUCACAGAGCCGGGCUCUGCAGCCGAGACCUACUCGAUGGGGAGGAAACUUGGUAAAGGAGGUUUCGCAGUAUGCUUUGAAGGUCGCGCAAAGAAGACCUCAGAAGUGUUUGCCCUCAAAGUGGUCAAAGCAAAGGUAGAACAGAAGAAGAUGAUGGAGAAGUUUCGAACGGAACUACAGAUACAUGCGAAGAUGCACCAUCCCAACAUCGUCGAGUUCCUGCGAGCCUUCACCAUCGAAGACCACACCUACGUCGUACUUGAGCUCUGUCCGAAUGGAAGCUUGACAGAGAUGGUCAAGACUCGGUCCUGUCUCAGCUUACCGGAGGUUCGACGUUUCAUGGUCCAGAUUUGUGGAGGAGUUAAAUACAUGCACAAACGUUCGGUGAUACACAGAGAUCUCAAAAUGGGAAACAUAUUUCUGGACUCACGAAUGAACAUCAAGAUUGGCGACUUUGGUUUAGCAGCCGUCAUGGCAGACGAACAAGAUCGAAGAACGACGCUGUGUGGGACGCCAAACUACAUUGCUCCGGAGAUUCUUAGUAAGUCGGGCAAUCGAGGCCAUGACAACAAAGUCGACACAUGGGCGGUAGGAGUCAUUUGUUACGCUAUGCUCAUGGGCACACCACCUUUCCAGUCAAAAACGCAGCAGGAAAUCUAUACCAAACUGAGAAGCCUUGAGUAUGAGUGGAAGAUUGACAGCAAAAACUACAUUCCUCCACAAGCCAAGGAUUUCGUUGCUGCUUGUCUGAAUCUCAAUUCUGCAGAAAGACCGGAUAUGGACCAGCUUGUGGAGUAUGACUUCUUCAAGAUGGGAGCAAUCGCAGAUGAGCUCGAUAUUCUCUGUCUCAGAUCCAGUCCAAACUGGCUCGAGAAUGCUGAUCCACGUGGCGACAAAGUCAGAUCAGGCUAUGGUGUAAGCCAUAACCGGAUAUGCAGAGACUGUGGAGUGGGGAGAGGCUCUGACGGACGUCCCCGUGCUGGUGUUGGUAUCGCCGCCGGCAUCUCUACGUUGGUGGAAAUCGAGGCCGAAAACAGACAAGGCUGCGCUCCGGUAGUCCCGCUACCAGCUGGAAUUCUGUACAAGCAAUUCGCAGAUGCACAAAAUGAGUGGGCGGCACGACAGAAGCAGCGGCUUCUCGGGAGCCAAGUUCGAAGCCGCAAGCCGAUCAUGGACCAGGGUGAUGCAAAUGCAGGCCAGGGUAAAAUGACAAAGGCUGUGGCAGAAUCGCUACCAGCUAUCGUCCAGAACGUUCCAUCCAUGUCCGGAGGGCCAACGGCCAGGCACUUUCAGAGCUUUGCGGCUCAGCAACGACAACAAGCUUUACCUGCAGCCAUGUCUCGAAAAGCAGAAAGAGUUUCAGAAGAUCCGCCCCAGAAGAAAGAAACAGAAAUCACUGAACAGCCGACACAAGCACUUUUGAGGGAGCGGCCCCUAAGAGCUGCCACGCUCCGAGCAACCAGAAGCACCACUCUACGAGCACCAAUCUCACAAUCAAUUUCCCAUAGCUCAAGGACUCUUCCAAGAUCCGCUACUGUACCGGACGCAAUUGAUGGUCUUGCAAAGCGGAUAGAAGCAAGCCUCGGAAGAGCAGAAUCUCGACAGGCACGAGGCGGCAUAGAGAUGGGCAGACCGGUCAUCGAAGAAAGAGUCAGGAAGGUCUCACGAGCAGUAUUCGGAACAGAAAAUGCCACCGUCCGCCCUGACAGCUCUUCGUCAGCAUCGUCAGGGUAUUUUGGCGAUCUACCGGUUCGAGUGUUGCAGCCCACCAGUGGGAACGACAGGAUAAAGUCUUUGGAAGUGGCCGAAAAGCAUCGCCAGACGGUAGAAGCACCAGAGAAGCAAGUGGCUGCGUCACAGUCGGCGCCGUGUUCUCAAACGUUUUUGCCGAGACAUCAGUCAAGGAUCAUCGCACCGACGGAUCCCGCAACCAUCGUUCCUUCUUCUUCGGGCGCCGCUGUUGUUGACGCCUUGCGUUCGCUGCACAAAGCUCUUGACAGUAGGAGUUUCGACGAUGGGACUCAACGACCGCGGUCCGCAUAUGGCACACGAAAGAUUCGGGAUGCGUCCAAUUAUCCCAGGGUCGACAAAUGGGUGGACUAUGCAACUCGCCAUGGCAUCGCAUAUAUUCUGACCGAUUCGACUGUUGGUAUGAUCCUGAAAUCGUCAGAUGACAACAAAAUGCCCAGUAGUUGUGUGGUGAUUCGGAACGCUGGUCAACAUACGCUCAAACGCGCAAAGGGUCUCGAAUAUCAAUUCGUUCCCCAGGGUCAAGAUGCGAACGACGUGGAAUUUUACGAGCAAAGUGAUUGUGAGAUCGACAUGAAACGUAUGGACGUUCCUGCCAGGGACUUUCUGCUUGACCUUGAAAAGCACUCGAGCCAGGUAGCGGCCGCCAGCACGAUUCAGGCUGGUCUUCGGGGCAGCGAAGCUGAGCGGAUGAAGGAAGUUGCACUUUUGGACAAGUUUGGCAAGUAUAUGAAUAAACAGACUGGACACUCGGACCCGCAAGACGCAAAACAAGCUGGUACAAGUAGGCACUUCGUCCACUUCUACCAGAGGGUGGGCAACGUGGGUGUCUGGAGAUUUGCAGACGGUGGACUGCAGUUCAACUUUCCAGAUCACACAAAGUUGACUGUGCGACAACAAAUCUCCGAAAAUGGGGAAAGUCGCUAUCAGGUCGAUUGCGUUUAUCUUGUCCCGACUGACGCCAUCAACCUUGCUCAUCACGGCAUAGCCAGCGCCGAGGCGAUGGAGCGGCGUAGCACCAUCAGCAUCCCGCUAGAAGAUAUCAUGACCAAUGUCUUGCGACGAUCGGAAAUGGAAUUGAUCCGAACAAACGAAAUCAAAGAGAAGCUAAGCUGGAUCCGAGCUGUUAUAGGCUGUUGGGUCAAGGAAGGUGGAUUGGGAAGAAUGGGAGAGGAGAAACUCGGCUGGAGCGGAUUGCAAGAAAGAAGAGAUGAUAAGAGGAUCAAGUUGCAAUGGGUGACGGUGGGAAGAUGUGGUGGUGACGGUGAAGGUGUCGGUAGAGGCGACAAGAAGCAUUCUUGAGAGCAGUGAGGACGUGUGGUUGGUGAUUAGUGAUUGUUUUUGCCUUCAUGUCAGCGUCGGUGUUUGGCUGGAGUUCGGUUUCGGUUAUUGCAUGACAUUGGAACGCAUGGUAUAGGCAGGUUCAUGCGAUAAAUUCUUCUGGUAAAACGUAGAUGAUAUGAGGUUUGUGCUGGGAAUUAUUGAAGUCGCUACGAAUAUCAGGUCAUAAAGUCUAUGAUGGUG